AUGCUCGGGCAGCUGUUCCACCGUCGAGGGUCGCAACGCCAACACGCCCAAGUCGAAUCGUCAACCGAAGACAGCCAUACUCGUAACCUGCUAUUCCCAGAAGCGUCAGUCUUCCACCAGCCCGAGGCUCAAGCAUACCCUCUACCAGCACCCUCAAUCCACUCGGGCAGUCCGGGUAGUGGGUUCUACGACAGCACAUUAGGAGAAAUCGAUCUCGAACAAGCACGAGACAUUAGGAUACUUGUAGCUCAAGACGAUGCAGGCAACCUGCCGAGGACCAUCCUCUUCGACUCAAAGCCCGCACCUGGUAGACCACAGUCGCCUCGUGCGACAAACGCGGGCACUGCCGGACAUUCACGUACUUCGUCUUUGGUAUCCACGCCCAGAUCCCCUAUAGGAAGCGCCUUCCAGCGAAGCCGCACUCGCAAUGCAUCAAUAUCAUCCAUGCCGGGCAUUGAAGAAAGCUCACAGAGCAGUCGUGCAAAAGACCCAGAUGACUUGACCAAAACAUGUCUGGACUGCAUGUUCGGAAACACUGCCAUGAGCUAUCGCGGACCUAGCAACAAGAUUCACAUCAUACCCUUGGACUCGAGAUCUAUUGAUUCGGCCACUGUCAGUCCAAUAGCUAGCGAUGGGUAUCACUCCUUUGGCAAGGCAGAAGGCCGCAGGCGAAGCCGUCUCGCCAAGUCCUUCACCCCAGCAAACCCGCCUCCGGAACUUUCAACCUCAGCACCGACUGCUGAGGGACCGGAACUGCCUAGCAAAGCGGAGCGACGCCGCACCAUACUAAUCACUCGCACCUUCUCGGUUGCCGGUCCAGAAGACACCGAAGUGGUUGACAGCAGCAACGCCCGUACGCCCACUCCUCGUGAUCCGGUCUCUCCCGACAAUAGUUAUCCCUUCCCGCGAGUGCCUGUAAACGGACCAGCAAGCCAGUCAAGACGGCGACGGGUGAAGCCGCGAAAGUCGCCCAUGUAUGCAAUCACUAUCAUCAUAUCCCUUCCAGUAGCAUCAAGCUCUACGCCUUCCCGGUCAAAUUCGCAGCUCCCCAGACCCGGCAGCCUGAAACCGGGUUCACUUCCUGGACGCGACUCGCUCGGCUCAUCUUUCGAUUCGGAUAGGCGAGCUGGCUGGGCUUUUGUUGAUCCCGCCUUCGGUGUUGACUCGCUGCUGUCCGCUUCGUUCUGCAGUGAUGUCGAUGAUCGGGUAGACGUCGUUGGCCAGCACUGGGAUGUCAUCACACGAACACUGACAAGCCUCCAAUUCGCUGUGCAAGGGAAGAUUCUCGCAGUGUUCAAGCAACUCGAUGCUACCGUUCCACUGAUCAAGCAGCCAACUACGGACACUCCAUCCCGCAUACCAAAUCGGGAGCUGCACCUGACAUAUUCGCGCCCGCAAAUACUGAUGAUUGAGCCGUACGCGUUCAUGAACGAUGGUAAGAUCAAAGCGGCUGUUGAACUUGCUGCAGAAAGAGUAGUGCGCGGAUUGAGGAUACCCCGAGUAGCCACUGGCCAGGGCAUUGACAGAUACCCAGGCCGAUGGGGCGUCUGGCGCGAAGAAGCUCGAUGGCUGGGCAGGUACGGUGGAGGCAAGGAGCAAAACUAUUUCUUCUUCAAUCUCAUGACCGCAUUCUUGGGCAAUCACACAGAGUGGCUUGAUAUACUAGGUCCGAAGUGGGCCCGGAGAAAGCACCGGGAACAGCAAAAGGUCAACGCAGGCGAGGACAUGACGCUCUACAGCCGGACAAUCAUCGUGUCGGAAGACAAAAUGGCGGCACGAAGAUGGAUCUUUCUCCUUGCGGCUUUCCUGCCGGCUUACUCACACCCUUCCUGCGAGAACGCAUCACCACCUCGGCCCGGCACAUCUUCUUCGGUCAGAGGCUAUUCACAGUCACCCCCUGCUACCGGACCUGUGUCGAGACAGCAGAGUCUUCGUCGGACGAUCAAUCGCAAAAACAAGGGCAGUCAACCGAACAUGCGAUCAGGUCUCCGUGAUCAGGAAGCGCAAAGUGUGAACUCCGAUGACAAGACCGAAAUCGCAGUCCCAGGCGUGAUCGAGCCAAUACACCAGUCAGGUCGACGAGCAUCGGACGCUCGAUCGAUCAUGCCUGCCAACCUUCAUGUUCCUGCUGUGACCGAGAGCGUUGCACGGAAGAGCACCACUGCAACCCCGUCUACAGUCACUCCGGAUACCGCAGUGCCCGUUGUGCAUUUCACCGUGCAACGUACCAACUCUGGAAUGAGUGUUGCAGCUGAGCAGCAUCGGCCUCAGAGCAGCAGCAGUUUAGCGUCAGUUAACCUUAUACACACGUUGCAGCGGAACAAUACCGCGAACGCAAGCAGUAGUGGCUCUCAAGGAGGUAGCCGCUGGGGAAGCCUCAUGAGUCUGUGGAGCGGCAGUAAUCGCAGGUCAUCUUCUACCGAUCACAGCGACAUUCUCCAGUCCACAGACGAUGGUCUCGGGACUCUCCCAUACGCAAACCGACGCCCUCUCGACCUUAAACAGUCUUCAACCAAGCUGGAGCAGAUGGUGCAGGAGCUUGCUUGCCAAGCAACACUCGUCAAAGCGAGUGAUCCGUCUUUGCCACUAGCUUCACCCAAUGUGCCCAUCCCAGAGCGGCCAAAGGCUCCCUACACUCCGCCGCUAAAGCUGUCGGUCAAUGAGAAGGAUGGUGUAAUAGACGUGGAAAUACCCUUCCCUUCUUUCGGCUCGCCAAUGCAGUCACCCUCAAUGGGCGGCUUCGCCUCCGAGUCCAGUGCAGAAGGAUCCAGCUUCGGUCACUCGUCAUUCUUCUACAAUCCUCACCGAGAGAACGAGCAGCCAGUCAACGUUGCAGGCUGGCUUGGUACUUUCCACCCAGACUUCGCUCUACAGGGCGUACGCCCGUAUCCAGAACUCGACAAAGAGAUCCGCCGCGCCAUGAGCGCAGAACCCACCCCCGUAGCCGCCGCCGCUACCUCCAACCUCGACCAGGGCCCCGUAGAGAAGUGGGUAGAUGUCUGCACCUCGCUAAUCGCAGACUGCCGCACCUUCACCGUCAAGCGCAUCAAGCUCCGCCGCCUCGUUAGGCUAAUACCGCCGCCGGGUCAGCCGGGGACCACUUCCGGAUUAUCCGCUCCGCCACGCUCACAGUACGGUAAUCCCUACCUGCAAUCGAACCCCGCAGCCCGCAUGCCCGAGGCGGAGAUCCACCUCGAUGAGGAGUUCACGGAGGAGCCGAUCGUGGACACGGAUGACACGCUCAUGAAGGCACUGGAGAAGGCGCUGGCGGUUAGUGGGCCGAACUCGCGCAACCAAUCGGCUUCUUCGUCACGCUCGAGCUCGAGACGCGGAAGGCAGGGUCAAAGGUCGGGUUCGGAUGUUACGCCUACGCUCGACAUCCCAAGAGGCGAGUGUAAGCAGCUGGUCUUUGGGGCACUCGAGCAGGUUGUCAAGAGCGUCAAGGCGGAGCGAGAGGCGCAGGGGAAGCAGGUGCAGGGCCAGGCGCAAGGGUCUGAGGGGAAGGGCAAGAUUAAAGCGGGGAAGGCUGCCGAGAGUACGUUGAAAGAGGGCGUAAGGAAGUGGCUUAAUGAGGUGGAAUAG